UGUAUGGUUAUUUCUGCGUGUUUCCCGUCCCAUUCUCCCUAGUAGUCCUCGAGUUAUGCGCUCCGGGAGAACCUCUAUUUAGAUCGUGGAUGAUGGUAGCACGCCUUGCGGCCGUUGCAUGAUCUUCCUACCUACUCCUACCCGCUGCAGCUGUGUGUCUCCAGUUCACGCCCAAAAUGGCCCUGGACGAUUCCCAGCAGCCGUACCAAGAUGAUGGAGUCACGGCAGUUACACAGCCUAGAGCUUCCAAGCCCGCGGUUGUCCGCAAGAAAUUUGCAAAGCCUCCAGUCAAAGUAGCGUGUCUUGCGUGUCGUGCUUCGAGAACGAGAUGCGAUGGACAAGACCCCUGUACAAACUGUCUUAGCAAAAAGCGAAAGUGCUCUUACCUACCCAGUAAACGAGGAGGUCCUCGCAAAAAGAAGAAGCUCUCGAUUCCUUCGGACGAGGCUGUUCAGCAAGAUGAUGAGCAGAGCGCCAUGAUCACCCCGCCAUCUUCUGGGUUCAAUGAUGAUUCGCCGGAAAUGUUCGGUCAGAUUGACGUAUUGUCAAUUCCGGGGGCGGGGCUCAGAAGCUUGGACUUUCCUUCGGAUGUGCACUCGAUGUUCACAGAUCUGUUCGCCCCUAAUGGCGAGAACAGUAUCCCAGUACAGAUGGAACCAACCCCCUCGCCAUCGAAUGUCCCCUCGCAGUCUUUGGUCAGAACUUAUGGCAGUGAAAUAGAAAUCUUGAAUGCUUACUACGAGUUUGUUCAUAAUUAUUUUCCUAUACUUCCGCCGAGAUUCGCUCCUCGCGUUCCGGAUCGACCUUUGGACGGCGUUGGUUCAUUCACAGAGUCACCCUCAGAAGAACCCGUGAUACCCUACCGGUCUCAAUCCCCUCUCAGCUGUGCAAUUUCAGCUAUAUUAGCCUUAGUGCCGCAUCCGAACGAUAUCGAAUCGUCUAGCCCCGCCUCUGUGGUCCGCCGCCGAACAUACGCUCAGAUGUUUGCGCAAAUGGCGAAUCUGACUAUCGAGACCGACUGCGAGCUGCAAGCCUCGACCACUGAUCCUGCACUGGCGCUGUCCAACGACCGACCUCUUAUUGACCGAGCUCCUUUCCAUCCUCAAGCGCCCGUGGAGCUUGAGAGCAUUCUGGCACUUUUGGUCCUUUCAGUCUACGAAUACACUCAACGGGGAAACCUGUUGAAAAUGCGGUACCGUGCCGGUCAAGCCUUGUCUAUAGCUUUGGAUAUGUCUCUGCAUUCACUCAGCGACGAUUACGAUGAGUUUUCUGAAGCUCGGAGAAGAGCUUGGUGGAUGACGUACUAUUGUGUUCUCCAAGGUUCCAUUGUUAGCGCCACGCCGCUUUCCAUCGUCGCCAACGAUCCCCAGUUUGUCACGCCGUAUCCACGCUUCGCAGCCGACCCCGAUGGCUGGUCCGUCUUGAUUCAAGCUCAGCAGGUGCUCGUAUCGGCAACCCAAUUCGUCGUCGACCUCAACAAAUGCGUCUCAACCAGAACGAACAUGCAGUACAUCUUUGAAAGAAUGCAACAACUCGAUUCAUGGGCCAGUUCCGCAUUAGCACAGUCAAACUUACUCCCCAUAGUUCCGCAGACCAUGUCUUGUCGAGGAGAUUUAGAGUCCAUCACAGCUCAAAGUAUACGCGCGAUCUCGCGCAUCAAGCUGUCAAGCGCACAAAUCAAGAUUCACCGCUUCAGAGCAUUCUCAGAUAUACCCAUUUUCAUCAAGAAGCACUGCGAUCUAACCGCAGCCACCACCACCACCACCACCACCACAAACUCCAUACCAAUUGAGACCAUCGAAAGCCCAGCGACCCAAGACGGCAUCACCCGGGUUGGUUGCGCCUGCAGCAGUCUCGACAUGUUCCAGCAGUCCUCAUCCGACUAUACCCCUUCCUCCGCAUCCUCGACCUCGUCCGAUUUCUCCUCCUUACCACCUCAGUACCCAUUCACCAACGAGUUCCCAUACAGCAGCCAACACUCGGCCAAAAUCUGUCUCCGGGCCUCCCUCCUGAUCUCGCAGAUGUUCCACUGUCUCCCGAUCCCGCAGCCGCUGCUCUCGGACGAUCGCCAACCAUCCCCACCGGGUCUCCAGCAGCUGCUUCCGAGCCAACUUCCCCGCACCAUGCCGUCGUUCGCAUGCUGUCUCAUGCAAGGCAGCUACGCCAUGCUGAUGAUUUUCUACAAGGCCCGCGUCGAGAAACAAAUGACCCCACCGGAAUACGGCGGCGGCAGCAGCAGCAACCUGAGCACCAGCCCGUCCGACCGACUCAUCGACGAGAUCCGACAAGGACUGGAACGGAUCAUCGCCGCGGCGACCAAUUACGCGAUUGCUUUCGAGGCGCUGGACGGCAUGAGAGACGAAAUCGAAGGUGCAUACCAUACGGCGUUUAUUCAAGCAUGAAGAGAGAGUCCAAAUCUUUCCCCCUCAAAACACAACCAACCCACUAUCUAAUUCCUCUCGACUCGUACAUACAUACAUACACCCUUCUCC